AAAUUGUUCCAAAAUCAAUUUCCUUUUUCAGAUUUCUGUUCUUGAAGCCCUCAACAGACAAGGACUAUCUUUAAAAAUGAAAUAACAUCAUCCUGUCCUCCUUUCAGGGAAAUGCUUUAAUGUGAGUUGUCUGAAUCUGUUGGAAGCGAGCGGCAAACCCUGGUCGGUUGUCUCUUUAAAUCGGCUCUGCAGUGUGACAGGCGGCUGGCCGGGCUGGCUGGGAAGAACCAUUCCCACCCUGCCGCAGGGAGCCCGGCCACUGCUGCCGCCAUCCGUGCCUCCCCCAGUCCCCAUGGUUACGGCUCCUGCUUCCCGGCCUGUUCCUCAUCCCUAGCUGCCGCCACAGAAGACGGGCGAAGGCGGCUGGCAUCCCCCAGCAGAAUCCUGGAAGCUGCCCGCUGAGCUCGCAUUGAGUGCCCGCUCUCCCCGCCUCUGACUCAUUCUCUCCAGUGCAGAGCACUAUCGCUGCCGCUGUGCACUGGCCACAGCCUGUCGCCAGGCUGCAGCCCUGCAAUCUGUUGAUAACUCCACUUUGGAGCUCCAGUCCAAUGCCUCUUGUGAUGGAAAGCUGUUCCCUGCCGACACAAGGAACCCGCCACAAUGCACCAGUGACAGGAAGCACAAGAUUGGUGCCUCUCCAGCUGUUUUUGCCAAAAUAGAUGAGUGCAGCUUAUGGACCCUCACCCGGCCCAUCAGGGUCACCCUGAGGCACACUGCCUUGGAGCUUGACUUAUAGCUGCUGUUUGGAACUUUGACCUUCUGGAUGGCCAUGGAGCCUGGUGGGGAGAAGGGCGCGACAUAAUCGUCUCUGUGGGCCACACCGCCCCCACCGGUGCUCUCACCUCAGUAACUCUGCAGGGCUCAUGGAUUUGAAGACUGUCCUCUCCCUGCCCCAGUACCCAGGGGAGUUCCUGCACCCUGUGGUGUAUGCAUGCACUGCGGUCAUGCUGCUGUGCCUCCUUGCCUCCGUUAUCACCUACAUCAUGCACCAGAGUGCCAUCCGGAUCAGCAGGAAAGGCCGGCACACACUCCUGAACUUCUGCUUCCAUGCAGCUCUGACCUUCACUGUGUUCGCAGGUGGCAUCAACCGCACCAAAUACCCGAUCCUGUGCCAGGCGGUGGGCAUCGUGCUGCAUUACUCCACACUCUCCACCAUGCUGUGGAUUGGAGUGACCGCCAGGAACAUCUACAAGCAAGUGACCAAGAAGGCCCUGCCAUGCCCAGGCGCAGACCAGCCACCGUUCCCCAAGAAGCCCCUGCUCAGGUUUUACCUCAUCAGUGGAGGCAUCCCUUUCAUCAUCUGUGGGGUCACGGCUGCCACAAACAUCAGUAAUUAUGGGAUUGAAGAUGAGGACACAGCAUACUGCUGGAUGGCCUGGGAGCCCAGCCUGGGUGCGUUCUAUGGGCCGGCUGCCUUCAUCGCCCUGGUCACCUGUGUGUACUUCCUCGGCACCUACAUCCAGCUGCGGCGCCACCCUGAGCGCAGGUAUGAGCUCAAAGAGCGCACAGAAGAGCAGCAGCGGUUGGCAGUACCGGAGGGAGGCCACUGCCAUGGAGUGCGGCCCGGUACCCCAACUGCCUGCGAUGCCCUGAUGGCCUCACAGCUGCAGAACGAGCACUCCUUCAAGGCUCAGCUGCGGGCCGCUGCCUUCACACUGUUCCUAUUCACGGCCACAUGGACCUUCGGGGCACUGGCUGUGUCUCAGGGCCACUUCCUAGACAUGAUUUUCAGCUGUCUGUAUGGAGCCUUCUGCGUGACUCUGGGGCUCUUUGUGCUCAUCCAUCACUGCGCCAAGCGGGAGGACGUGUGGCAGUGCUGGUGGUCUUGCUGCCCUUCCCGUGGGGACGCCUCCACCACCAAGCCCAGCACUCACCCUGCACUCGAUGCCAAUGGAGACAUACUGGGGCACACCUGCCUGCAGGACUCACCGGGUCCUGGCAACCCAAGAGGCUUUAGCCACCCACCCACUGGCCACUGCAAGAUGACCAACCUGCAGGCUGCCCAGGGCCAUGUCAGCUGCCUCUCGCCAGCCACUCCCUGCUGUGCCAAGAUGCACUGUGAGCAGCUGAUGGAGGAGGAAGCCCAUGUGCACAUGCCUGAGGAAGCCGCCUUCCCACACAACCCAAACUUGCACAGGUGCCUCAAGGGCCGAACUAAGCCUCACUACUUCAGCCAGCACCAGGCAGCUGCCACUGAGCACGAGUAUGCCUACCACAUCCCCUCCAGCCUAGAUGGCAGCCCCCACAGCUCACACACAGACAGUCCCCCCAGCUCUCUUGAGGGUCCCAUGGGGGUGCACACGCUGGCCUGCUGUGCCCAGGGUGACCCCUUCCCUAUGGUCAGCCAGCCUGAGUGCAGUGACACCGGUCCUGCACUCUACGGCUGUCCCCCAAGGCUGCCUCCAGGCCCCGCCCACUUGGAGAUGCUCCGGAGGACACAGUCCCUGCCCUUUGGCGGCCCCAGCCAGAAUGGGAUGCUGAAGGGCACUGUUCAAGAAGGCCUGUCAUUCAGCACGGAUGGGACGGGCAACAUCCGAACAGGUCCCUGGAAAAAUGAAACUACUGUGUAAUAGGGACAGGAACACAUCACCCUCACCAGUACCACCAUGUCCCUGGAGGAGCUUCAGAGCAAAGAGGGGACCCAUUUGCCACAUGAGGUUGGUAGGGAGGCUCACCAAAAUGACAGAGCCUUUCAGAAGCGGCUCACACCUUGGAGCUGUGUCCCCUUUGUUGUGAAAGAUCCCAGCAGGAAAAUGCUUUGGGCCACACCUGCCUCUGUUAGUCCCAAAGUGGAAUGUGACUGUCCACAUACUGUCACCCGCUUCCUGUUUGUAGCAUCCCAUCUCCAGGGAAGCCCAGGAACAGAGUACAGGAUUCUAUCGAAGAAGCCACCCCAGACCCCAGCACAGGGCCCUGCACCUAUGCUGUAUUGCUGGGUGAUAAUCCAAGCAGCCUCGCCAGAGGCUCCAUCUGAUACUUCCUGGCAUUGUGUGCGUGCACAGGUGUGUGUGUGUGUGUGUGUGUGUGUGUGUGUGUGUGUUAAAUUUUGUUCCAGGAGCCAUAGUGGCCAAUUAUCAAGAGCAUUCUCCCACUGGGAAGUUUCCAUAGGUCCCUUCCAGUAUCCUUGUGUCUGUGUCACACCAGCAUCCUCCCCUGGCACUUCUGCCGUCUCACCUAACCCUAACCCCUAACAACCUGAGAGCAUCUUGGAUGCUGGGGGAUGGGGCCCCCAUACCGCCUCUGGUCACGGGCUCUUGGGGGCCCAUGCGGAUGCCCAAGCACUUCUUAAUGGAGACUCAGCUUCCAGACCCAGCCACUGUCAGGACUGGACUGCACUCCGCUCCAUCGGGGGCACUUCUCUGUUCCACAAAGAAGAGGAGCUGACUGAGGUGACAGUUAUCAGAGACAAAAUUUCUUUUUCUCUUUUCAUUUUCAUCUGGGCACAGAGCCCCAAAUCAAAGGACAGAUGUUGAUGACAAUGAGCCUUUUGUGAAAAGAAGUAGCCUGUCCCAGGAAGAGUUCCCAUUGAGGCUGGAGCAUCUGUGUUCAGAGGGGCAUGCCUAUGGGACUGUGCACAGGCAUUCCUCCUUCUGUCCUCCCAGCCUGUGGCACAUGUGCGCACACAUGUAUACACACAUACAUGCACACAAGCACAUAUGCGUACACUACACACCUGGACACAUACAUUCACACAGUGUGCAUACCACAAACAUGCACGGGUACACACAGGUACAUGCACAUGUACUGCAAAGUGCACAUGCACACACUUGCAGAACAGGCAUGUGUAUGAGUGUACGUAUGCACAUAGUACAAAACACACAUGCAUACCUCUAUGUAUCUACCUGUGCAACACACAUGUGCACACAUACUGCAGUGUAUACAUAUAUACACAUGCACACAUGUGUAUACACAUUUACACAGGUACCCACACACGUGUGUGUUUUCUAUCCACCCAACCCCUGGGUUUUCAUUGCAGAUGCUCAUGUCAGCAUCAGGAUUAGUGUCACUGUGACUCGUCAGUGUGCUCUGCUGUUGGGACAAGGGGCUUCACCAGGAGCAGAACCGUCCCUGAGCGUGCCUCGGAGGGGAGAGCGUGAGGCGUGCUGCAGCACCUUCCAGGGGGGCACACUCUUCAGUGCUGCAGUGGGAAGUGCCAUCCGGAGCCCAAUGCUCAGUAUCUGAGUAAGGAGCUGUCAGCCCUGACACUUAUAAACUCAUCUGUGACAUUGUAACUUACUGCAGCUUGCUGCACCCAACACAGACCCCAUGUGUCCUUACAGGUCAACCAACAGACAACCAAUGACCUCUGGGUGUUUUAAGUUCCUGUCACUGUCCAGGCUUGUCACCUGCUUCCGUAGCUGAUGCACACAGAACACAAGCCUAUGCUGUGUGCACACUGUAGAUGCAGACUGUCCGAUGAAAAUACAGUAUUUUGCAUUGUUUGUCCUUGGUGAGGCUGGUCAAUAGCAUCCUGUGUGUGUUUCUUGCCCUUGACAGGGGACAAUGGUCCAAGUGGGGCUGGGACCCCAAACAGAUUGCUCCCUUGGGCUGUGGUCCCUCACACCCUUUCUGCCCUCCACACCCCUGGCAGAACAAAGAGGGCACCUCACCAUUCAACCAAAGAAAUUCAGCAUUAAAUAUUGAACUUCAUUGUGUUUUGAUAUUGAU